AUGCGCAUUGUCUUCAUACGGCAUGCUCAGAGCUACAACAACCAGUUGUGGGAGGAAGUGUUGGCUGACCAUCUAGGGCGUGCUAAACCAGCAGAAAAACAUUACGACCAGAUUCGCUCCGUCGAUCCGGGUAUUUCUGAUCUUGGCUCGCUCCAGGCGGAGGCGUUGUCAAGGACGAUACGCCAUAUAGUGUUGACCCCCGCCCCGCCGAUCAACGCUUCCCCUGUGGAGGCCGCUAAAGCUGCUUGCUAUAGGGAGGGCGACAGAGUAGCCAAUAGAGUGAUGUUGGCGUCGAGUCCUAUGAGACGAGCCUUGGAAACGGCACAGCCUCUGCUGAAGGCUUUGGCCGAGGGCGUUGACGGAGUCGAUUUUAAGGGGGCGUUCGUGCAGCCUCAAUUCUACGAGUUCGGCGGGUGUUUUGCGCCAAACCCGAACCCAGAGGUCCCUGCUGAUGGGGAGGGUCGCGAGUACAGUGUAGAGGAUCUGGCUGGUGCUGCCUUCGUUGGGUUGUCUGGGAUGACUGCUAGUGAAAUUCGGGAAGAAUUCGGUUGUGAGUGGCAGUGUUCCAACUCAAUGGAGGAUGGAUGGUAUGAACCCUCCCAAGGCCGGGAGACACUCAAACAAAUGCUAGAGCGGGCUCGUAAGGUUGUUGAAUGGAUUUAUAAAAUGGCUGCUUCUAGAGACGUCGACACCUUAUUCGUUGUCACACAUCAAGACUUCGGAUGCCUAGUCCUGAGGAUGCUCCUGAAUGCGGACCAUCCCCAGUGGCUGUACAACACCUCAACGACCGCUGUCGAAGUCACUGCUAGCUUUGCCCCUAGGGGUUACUCCUCCACCUCAACUGCGGACUCUGGCGAGCAAUAUCAUGGGCCCUCGUCAGAUGCAGCAGCGACACCGGAGGUAGGUCGAACGAGAAGCAACACUGGGGAGGCGUCCAAUACUGAGACUUCGACGGAGAGCGAGGAGAGCAAGUCUGUUAUGUUGAAGGGGAGUAGCAGCGGUAGUGGCCUCCGCAAGCGGAACGUGGGGAGGAAGGUAUAUCGGACGGCAUGUCUAUUGUGGGCUAACAGGACUGAUCACAUCUUGCUGACCUACGGCAUGGGCUCGCAGGAAGAGUCUCAUGAACAAAUCCCGGCAGUUACGUCAACUCUGUCAGACAUGCUAACGUUUUAGCUCGUGUAAAAACAUCGUCAUCAUCGUCGUCGUCGAUCGAAUCCUGCUGCUACUCCCAAGCCCUCAUCAUACGGGGUACCAUUCAAAAUAUGCAUACUUGAUCAUAUCGCGCUUCAUCCCCCUCCCCCUUCAUUUUGAUGCUGGUGGAGGUUUUUGGUUGUGUGUGUGGAGCUUCUAGUGCUG